AUGUCAGAUAAGCGUUGCUGUGUCCCCGGAUGUAAAGACAGUAAGGGCAAGCUAGUUCUUCACAGAUUUCCAAACCCAGAAAAGGAAAGUGAACGACUUAGGGUCAUUACUCUGAACGUUCGGUACAUCGAUUAUACACAAAAAUGGAAGGAAAUACAUCUCACAAAGAAAAUCUUGUCGCACUGUAUCAUCAAAUAUGGGAUACCUAGCAGAUAA